AGCCGGCUCGAAACGGGCCGGCGCGGCAUCGGGCCACGGGGCAGCGGCCGCGCCGCGGCGCGCGCGCCCCAUGCCGCGCCCCUCGCAGAGGUCGCAGGGCGCGGCCUCGCUCGGCCCGGAGGCCGGCCAGGAACCCGCGGGCGGCCAGCGCAAGGUGAGCCACUUCGACGACUCCGACGACGACGUGGCGAAGCCGCCGGGGCCCUUUGGCGGUGCCGCGAGGCCCUCGCGCCAGGGCAAGGUGGGCCACUUCGACGACUCCGACGACGACGAGGCGCAGCCGCCUCCCGGCGGCGCCGCGGCGCGCCAGAACAGGCUGAGCCCCUUCGGCGCCGCCCCGAGGGCCUCGGGGGCGGUGAGCCCCUUCGGCGCCGCCCCGAGGGCCUCGGGGGCGGUGAGCCCCUUCGCCAGUUCCCCGCGGGCCUCCGAGCCGCACGUGGUGCCCCCCGGCGGCGCCGCCACCACGGCCGUGGAGGCCGGGCCCGCCAGGGCUCGCCAGGGCAAGGUGGGUCACUUCGACGACUCCGACGAGGACGUGCGGCAGGACGUGGCCCCGCCGCCCUCGCGCCCGCUCGGCGGCGGCGGCCCGGCGCGGCCCAGCGGCGCCGGCGCCGCCGCCGAGGCCGCGCUGGUGCCCGAGCCGGCUGCCUCGAAAGCUCCCGCGGGCGGCCGCAGGGCUGGCCGACGGAGCCCCGACGCCCCCGCCGCCGCCAGUGAGGACGCCGUCGCCGCGGGCCGCCCGAGCGCCUUCGGGCUGGGCGGCGGCCCGCUGCAGCCGCUCGGCGGCGGCCCGCUGCAGCCGCUCGGCGGCGGCCCGCUGCAGCCGCUCGGUGGCCCGCUCGGCGACCCGUUCGGGGGCCCGCUGCAGCCGCUCGGCGGCGAGCCGCUGCAGCCGCUCGGCGGCGGGCUGCAGCCGCUCGGCGGCGGGCUGCAGCCGCUCGGCGGCGGGCUGCAGCCGCUCGGCGGCGGCGGGCUGCAGCCGCUCGGCGGCGGCGGGCUGCAGCCGCUCGGCGGCGGCCCGCUCGGCGACCGUUCGGGGGCCCGCUGCAGCCGCUCGGCGGCGAGCCGCUGCAGCCGCUCGGCGGCGGGCUGCAGCCGCUCGGCGGCGGCGCCGUCCGCCGCGGGCGCGGCGCCGGAGGCCCCCGCGCCGCAGCCGCCCGCCGCGGAGGCCCCGCGGGGCGGCCGCAGGGCCGGGCGGCGGAGCCCCGACGUGCCGCCGGGCGGCGGCGGCGGCGAGGCGGCGGGGGCGCCAGGGCAGCCGGCUGGGGCCCAGGAGGCCCCAGAGCCCCGCAAGUCCGAGGGCUUCGCCUGGGCCGCGGCGAUGGCCGAGGUCGAGCAGAAGCAGCGGGAGCCCAGCCCCAGGCCUUCGGCACUGGCGCCGACGCCCAGCCCCAGGCCUUCGGCGCUUGCGCCGUCGCUCGGCCCCGGGCCUUCGGCUGGGCAGGCACUGGCGCCGACGCUGGCGCCAGUGGCUCAGGCGCCGCCCGCAGAGCCCGCCGAGGACGGGCCUGGCAGGUACCGGGUGGUGUCGGCGGGUCCGCUAAAGGAGCUGCCCGUGAGCGCGGAGUGGUCGCGCACGAGCGCGGCGGUGGCCCAGCUGGCCAUCGGGGCCGAGGUGGAGGUGCUGGAGGUGUCCGGCCAGCUGGACGGCGGACGCCGGCGCGCCCGCAUAACGAGCCCGGCUGGCUGGAUCACCUUGGCGAACACGAACGGUUCCCGCUUCGCUGAGAGAGUGCCCGAGGCGCCAAAGCCGGAGGAGCCGCCUAAGUCGGCGCCGGUGGCGGACGCCCAGAAGCAGGAGCCCGCCCCCGCCGCGGGCGUGCCCGGCGCCCUGGCCGCCGAGCGGGCGGAGCCCGAGGAGCCGGAGGACGACGAGGUGCCCUUCGAGGAGGAGCUCCUCGACGAGGACGAGGACGAGGCUGGGCAGCCCGCGCUGCGCGGGGACGAGCAGCCCCAGGCGGCCGCGGCCGAGGACGGGCCAGGGACCUCGCCGGCGCCGGCGCCGGCGCUGGCACCGACGCUUAGCCCCAGACCCUCGGCGGCACUGGAGCUGGCGCCAACGUUGGCGCCUGUGGCUCCGUCACCGCUGCCGCCUCAGGCCCCCGCAGAGAAGGCGGCGGACGGCCCCGGGAAGUAUCGCAUCGUCUCCGCGGGGCCACUGAAGGAGCUGCCGGUGAACGCUGAGCGCUCGCGCACAAGCGCGGCCGUGGCCCAGCUCAGUAUCGGCACCGAGGUCGAGGUUGUGGAGGUGGCGCCAGAGCUGGACGGCGGCCGGCGGCGGGCGCGCAUCACAGUCCCCGCGGCUGGCUGGAUCACAGUGGCGAACGAGACCCCGGGAGGCUCGCGGUUUGCAGAGAGAGUGCCGGAGCCUGAGCCUGUGCCCCAGCAGACCGUGGACCAGUCCAUUGCGCAGGCGGAGGGCGCUUCGGCGCCGCCAGCGGAGUCGGAGGAAGCGCCGUUCGAGGAAGAGCCUCUCGAGGACGAGGAGGCUUCGCAGUCGCCACCUGCGCCCGCACCCUCGGAACCGGUGGACCAGGCCACGACGCAGGUAGUAGACGUUGCGGCGCCGCCGGCGGAGUCAGAGGACGUGCCAUUCGAGGAGGAGCCGCUCGAAGACGAGAAUGCCUCGAAUUCACCGCGCCCAGUGCCUGCAGCUGACCCGCCGGGACAGUCCGCGCCGCAGGAGCUUGCCACACCCGCGCCGCCAGCACCCGCCGCGCCCACGCCCCAGCUGGUGCCGCAGGAGGACGGGCCUGGGAAGUAUCGCAUCGUGUCGGCGGGGCCACUGAAGGAGCUGCCGGUGAACGCGGAGGUCUCGCGCAAGAGUGUGGCCGUGAUGCAGCUCGGCAUCGGCGCCGAGGUCGAGGUCGUGGAGGUGGCGCCAGAGCUGGACGGCGGCCGGAGGCGAGCGCGCAUCACCGUCGCCGGCCACGAGGCCGGCUGGAUCACGGUGGCGAACACGGCAGAGGGAGGCAUGAGGUUCGCGGAGAGAGUGCCGGCGCCGGCGCCGGCACAGGAGGACGAGAAGGAGGCGGAGCGCGGGGGGGAGCUGGAGACCGAGCCUCCCACAGCACCUUCAGCGCCCGCAGAUCCUGGCGCGGCCGCCGCCGAGGCAGCCGGGGAACCACCGGCGCCCGCGGACUCCAGCGCCGCCGCGGCGGGUACAGAGGAGGCGCCUGCCGCCGCGGCGGGCGCGGCCGCGCCCAAGAGCGAGCCGGGCCUCGCGAAGGGCGCGGCCGCCAGGCUGCUCAUGAAAGGCAUCCGGAGCGGAGAGGUCGGUCGCAUCAUCGACGCGUCCGCAGGCGAUGCCGCGGCGAAUGACGAGGGCACCGGCGAGGGCACCGGCGCCGCGGCGGCAUCGGCCGAGGACGAGUGGCGGCAGCGGGUGUUGCGCCAGUCGCCCCAGGAGGAUCCAGAGGAGAAGAUGCAGCGCGGACAGUCGCUGGCAGAGAACGUCAGGAAGCGCGGUUCUCUGGCGAGGCAGCAGGACCCAUUCAAGGACCUGCCCGCCGAGCAGCCCGCCGAGGGGCCGCUGACGCCCCGGGAGGCCGCGAAGGGCUACGUGGAGGGCCUCUUGUCCCCGCACCUCUCGCCGAGGGUUGCGCCCGAGGGCGCGCCCACGCUCGCCGACGUCGCGCUCGCGCAGACGUUGCUGCCGACCACGCCGCAGCGGUCGCCGCGCGAGGGCGUGGCGAGCAGCGGCGGCGCCCCCUCGGCCAGGAGGCCAGGCGGCAGGCCGCCGCUGGACCCGGAGCGCGUGCUGUCACAGAAGGCGAUCGAGAGGCGGGCGCUGAAGCUGUACGAGAACAACGUGAAGGUCGCGCUGCUGAACUCGCCCAGGGUGUUCGCGGGGAACACGGGCGCAGACGCGCCGAACUUGAGCCUGGACCGUUUGCCCGAGAAGGUCCGGUCCCAGCUGAUCAGUAGGUCGCGCGAGGAGGCCGAGGGCUGGCUCAAGACGCAGGAGGAGGUGGCGAGGAGGGACGCGGAGCAGGAGAGGGUCCAGGCGAAGCUGGAGCAGUGGUACCAGCAGCGCGAGGCGGCGCGCAUCGCGGAGGAGAAGCGGAAACAGGACGAGCGCGAUGAGUUGGCCCGCAGGGAGAAGGCCGAGCAGGAGAAGUGGAGGAAAAACCAGGAGCAGCUCAAGAAGCGCGUGGCGGAGUGGGCCGUGCAGAAGGCGGCAAAGGACGGGAUGAAGGAGCGCGCCGAGAACGAGGCCAAGCGGGAGGCUGCCGAGCUGGAGAGGCAGAAGCGGCGGGCCCAGAAGCAGCAGCUCCGCGAGUUCCACCAGAGGCGCAACGGCGACUCCACCCCGGCCACGCCCGGAGCGCCACAGUCCCACGCCAGCGACGCGCGGGAGCAGCCGCAGCCGCUGCAGCAGCCGCUGCCCAGGGAGAAGAAGGCUCGGAAGGCCCAGUCUCUGGCGCCGUACAAGAAGAAGCAGGAGGGCUUCCUUCGGGAGUGGGAUGCGAGUGCGGCCGCCGCCGUGCCGCUCCGCAGGCGCUGAGGCGGGCGAUGCACGCAAGAUGCGGCCGCGGACCAGCCCCAUGUGCUGCGCGGCCUUGCGCUCCUGCUGUAUUUUUUGCGCGGCCUUGCGCGCAUGAUGCUGGCUGCGCGCCCGCGCCGAGAGACUGCGACCUGCGCUGAGCGUCCUUCCUUGGGCGACCUGAGACCGAGGGCGACGCCGCUGGGGACUGAGAAGACCAAGCAAAAAGA